AUGGAUAAGGAGGAUACCGGUACUACCCAGGUCUGUGCAGAAAAAGAUGCCGUUCAGGAAAUAUUGCACUCCCUGUAUCAACAGCAGCUACAACAACGACAAACCAGGAACGCUGUUGGUGAACAACAACAAUCCAGGAAUGCUGGUGAUGCUACUAUUAAACAUGGUGACGUCUCCGACGCUCACCAGCAUGUUAAAGAAGACACUUCUGACGUAGAGAUGAUCACCUUUAGCAAGGGCAUCAAGGAAGCCUCCAGGCCACAAGAGACUGAUCACGCUGGUGACGUACAGAGAACCAGACUUCCGCCAUGGCACGGACUUACGGCGUUGGAGAUAUCAGAUUCGAUAUUUUUUCCAGAUGGACAAAAAGAAAUCUCUCCAGCGCCAGACAGAGGGCCACAAAGAGUGUCACAAAGUUAUGUGCGCGUCCCCGUGCCUGGUGCAUAUUCGGUCAGUGGGCCUUUUGCUGGUCAAAAUAGCAACGAAGAUCAGUUACCUGAAGAACCCCAAGCACCCAUCGAUGCUGCUGUAUCGAGGGAGUUCGAUGAAGAAGAUUUCGACUUCAUUGACAGUGCAGAGCCAAGGUUAUCCAGCGAGAGAUCAAGGCAAUACUGGAGGCUUAGGUUGCUCCGUGUCCUUUCACUGGAGGUCAACGUAGUUCUCAUGGCAGUGUUUGCGGUCCUGCACAAUUUUGGCGGUGUCUAUGAGAGGGCACAACAACAACAGUCUACCAACAGCCAUUGA